AUGGCUGCGUGGGUACCAUUAGAAUCAAAUCCCGAGGUUAUGACAAAGUUUUUGCAUAAAUUGGGUGUUCCUGAUCAAUGGAGUAUAACUGACGUCUAUGGUUUAGAACCAGAUUUAUUGGCAGUUAUUCCAAGACCAGUUUUGGCCGUUAUUUUGCUUUAUCCUGAAUCAGUUAAGACUGAAAUACAAAGCAAAGAGGAUGAAGAAACUAAAUCUAAGGAUAAUGGAACGGAUAGACCGGAUGGGGUUUAUCACAUGAAACAAAUUAUUUCCAACGCAUGUGGUACGAUUGCAUUAAUUCAUAGUGUUGCAAAUAAUACGGAAGAGAUACAUUUAAAGGAUGGAUUUUUAAAAUCGUUUUUGGACGAUUCAAAAGAUCUUUCUUUUGCUGAACGUGGAGAACUUUUGAUUAAAACUCAGGGUAUCAUCGAUACUCAUAAAGAAUCUGCUCAGGAAGGACAAACGGAGGCUCCGGAAGAGGAUAGUCCAGUGUACUAUCAUUUUGUUGCAUUUAUACGAAAGAAUGAUAAGUUGUACGAGUUAGAUGGUCGAAAACCUGCUCCUGUCGAUCAUGGACCAACUACACGAGAAACAUUAUUGGAAGAUUCUGUUCGUGUUUGUAAAGAAUACAUGGCACGUGAUCCAAGCGAAAUGCGUUUCACCGUUGUCGCCCUUGCCGCCAGUUAUUAA